GUCCCACUCUCACUCUCCUUUAAAUUUCCUUUAAAAUAAAACAAAAAAUAAAUAAAAUUUUCUCCGUUACCGUCAGUCGCAGCCUACAGCUAUAGAGAUAGCUCCCACACACACAUAAAGCAAAAGCCUUUAGAGCUUUCUUCACCACUCUCAAUCUUCGAGCCUGAGGAGAAGGAGACGAGGGUUUCUUCUUCUUCUUCUUUCAUCGGAGUGAACAUUCUCCGGUCUGCAUUGUUACCGGAAAAAACUGCUCAAUCUCGGGAUCUUCGUCUCUCUCUUGUUUCCGGUAUAAAGAGAUUUUGUAUGAAUGCUGGAGGAUAUGGAAAGAUUUUCUGAGCUUAAGAGACUUCCUAGUAAAGGUCCUGUCUCUGGUCACUUGUCAACAAGACAGUACUUGGACUUGGGAAAUAGAGAUACUGGUAUGCAUUUGGAGUCUUUGAGGGAACGAGCUUCUCGAUACAACAACAAGGGAGGAAGACCAGUGAAUCCCACUACGACUUUAGGAAGAGAGCUUAGCCAAGUUCUGAAUGUUCACAGAGAAGAGAUGAUGACGAUUGGUCAGUUUGGUGGUGAUGAUGAUAUGAAUGAUUUUCAGGAGUUUGAGCCUGUGGUGAGGCCAACGAUGGAAUCAAAGUAUCCUUUGCUGGAGAUUGAAGAGGUCGUGGCUUGUGGUGGUGAUGAUGAAGCUGGUUCUAGCUCAUUCCGUGGUGUUAGUCAUCCUCCAGAGCCUGACGAUAUGGAUCUUCUAACAACUGUUUAUGUGCCUACUAUCAACGAGAAAACCAAACCUGAUUCGGUUAAGAGCAUGUCUACUGGUAAAGGACCUUUCCUUGAGGAUCUCUCUCUCUGCGUGCCUCCCAAGAAGUUAAGCCUGGGAGUAUUCUCACCUGAAGAACCUGCAACAUCUCUGUCUCCGUUCUCCAUGGCUCGUGCAUCUCAGAACACAGACAACUCUCUCCUACAGCAAGAUUCAGACAAGGAAUGUGUUUGGGAUGCUUCCCUGCCUCCCAGCACCAACGUGAGCCCACAUAACAGUAGUGUGGAAAGUAUGAACUUCGCCAGGGCCAUGAGUAUGGCUAAUAGCACUUCUGCUAAAAGUACUAGUAAUCAGCAGAGGAACGAUGUUGUGCUUAGCAUGGACAAGAACUACUGUGACAACAGGAGUAUCAACAUGGUGUUUGAUUCUUUUGAAAGCAGAGCAAGUGAUAGUAGCUGCAUAAGCGAAGAGAGCAGCUGGAGCAAUUUCACGGGAAGUCUUAAUAAGCCACACAAGGGGAAUGAUCCGAGGUGGAAUGCUAUUCUAGCUAUCAGGACACGAGAUGGGAUUCUAGGGAUGAGCCACUUCAAGUUGCUGAAACGGUUGGGUUGUGGUGAUAUAGGGAGUGUGUAUCUAGCUGAGUUGAGUGGGACUCGGUGUCAUUUUGCUGUGAAGGUGAUGGACAAAGCUUCUCUUGAGAACAGGAAGAAGUUGAAUAGAGCUCAGACUGAGAGGGAGAUUCUGCAGCUGUUGGAUCAUCCGUUUCUACCGACGUUGUAUACUCAUUUUGAGACGGAUAGAUUCUCUUGUUUGGUUAUGGAGUACUGUCCUGGUGGUGAUCUGCACACUUUGAGACAACGCCAGCCAGGGAAGCAUUUCUCUGAGUAUGCUGCUCGGUUUUAUGCUGCAGAGGUGUUGCUAGCCCUCGAGUAUCUCCAUAUGCUCGGUGUUGUUUACAGAGACUUGAAACCAGAGAAUGUUCUGGUUCGAGAUGAUGGUCACAUAAUGCUUUCAGACUUUGAUCUCUCCCUGAGAUGCGCAGUUUCUCCAACACUGAUCAAAACCUUCGACUCUGAUCCAUCUAAACGCGGCGCCUUCUGCGUCCAACCAGCUUGCAUAGAGCCUACAUCAUCUUGCAUCAUCCAACCCUCAUGCUUCUUACCACGUGGCAUCUUCCCUAACAAAAACAAAAAGAGCAAGACACGUAGUAAAACUCAGACGGAUUUCUUCAAGUCACACCACUCAGGUUCUCUCCCUGAGUUAGUAGCUGAGCCUAACACAAGGUCCAUGUCUUUCGUUGGAACGCACGAGUACUUAGCUCCAGAGAUUAUUAAAGGAGAAGGGCAUGGAAGCGCGGUUGAUUGGUGGACUUUUGGUAUCUUUGUGCAUGAGCUCUUAUUUGGUAAAACACCGUUUAAAGGAUCAGGAAACAGAGCUACUCUGUUUAAUGUGGUGGGAGAACAGUUGAAGUUCCCUGAGUCACCAGCCACUAGCUACGCAGGGAGGGAUUUGAUUCAGGCGUUGCUGGUGAAGGAUCCAAAGAACAGGUUAGGGACAAAGAGAGGAGCAACGGAGAUAAAGCAGCAUCCGUUCUUUGAAGGAGUGAAUUGGGCUUUGAUAAGGUGUAGUACUCCUCCUGAAGUGCCGAGACAGAUGGAGAUGGAACCGCCACCAAAGUAUGGACCGAUUGAUCCUGUUGGGUUUGGUAGUAAUAGCAAGAGAAUGAUGGGACCACCACCAGUAUCUGCAUCAGUAUCAGCAGCAGCAGCAGCAGGAGGAGGAGGAGAUACAAAAGCUGGUGGUAAAUUUCUAGACUUUGAGUUUUUCUGAAGCUUUGAAGGGUUUGUGUUUGGUUGCUUAAUUAGAAUAUUUAGUCUUCUUAUGUCACUAUAUAUUGUGUAACCACGUCUCAAGGAGGUUUAAUAGAUCAGGUUUAUUUCCAAUAGUAACUUAGGAGGUCCUUUUUGGUUGUAUUUGAGAUUAAAUCUUUUUUCCAUGUAAACCAAAACUUUUGUAAGGACUUGGAAAGCUACUACUAGUACUGUUGUUUAUGUUGGAAUCCUUUUGCUUUUGACUCAAAUAGAUCGUUAUGUCAC